AUGUCUGUCUUACAAUUCUACCUCAAUGGUUUCAGGACAGGUGAUCCUCACGAUCUCUACCGAGCACGCGAACAAGGAAGCGAUGCAAUCCAAAACGACGUCCCAGAAGAAGUCGAUGUCCUAAUCGUCGGCUCUGGACCAGCAGGACUUGCACUCGCAGCACAACUCUCACUCUUCCCAAACAUCACCACCCGACUCGUCGAGCAAAAAGCCGAACGACUCACUCUAGGUCAGGCAGAUGGCCUUCAAGUCCGCAGCAUUGAAAUGUUCGAGGCGUAUGGAUUCAGCGAGAGAAUACUCAAGGAAGCCUAUCACAUCAAUGAAAUUACAUUCUGGAAGCCCGACGAGCAGAAUCCAGAGUGUAUUGUGAGAAGUGGGAGGAUCAAGGAUACGGGUGAUGACCUGUCCGAGUUCCCGCAUGUCAUUCUCAAUCAAGCGAGGGUGCAUGACUUUUUCCUCGAUGUCAUGCUCAGAUCGUCGACAAGACUGCAACCAUCCUACUCGCGCAAGCUCAAGCAACUCAACCUCCAACCAGCAAAGGAUGGCUCUUCACGAGACACAUCUUCCGUGCAGGUCCAGCUCGAAAGAACAGACCCCGGCCAUGAAGGACAACUCGAGAACGUACGUGCCAAAUACGUAGUCGGCUGCGACGGAGCACGCAGCGCUGUCCGUCAAGCCCUCGGCCUCAAACUCGAAGGCGACUCUGCAAACCAAGCAUGGGGCGUCAUGGACGUGCUCGCCGUCUCAGACUUUCCAGACUGGAGAACCAAAGUCGCUAUCCACUCGGCAAGCCAAGGUAGCAUCUUGAUCAUCCCCAGAGAAGGAGGCUAUCUCGUACGUCUCUACAUCGAACUCGACAAACUAUCCGCGAACGAGCGUAUCUCCAGCAAAAAGAUCUCGGCAGACCAGCUCAUCGAAACUGCUAAACGCAUCUUCCACCCAUAUACUUUGGAUGUCAAGGAAGUGGUCUGGCACUCCGUCUACGAAAUUGGUCAACGCCUCUGCAGCAGAUUCGAUAACCUCACUGCACAGGAGGCAGAAUCCAGAUACCCAAACAUCUUCAUCGCAGGCGACGCAUGCCACACCCACAGCCCCAAAGCCGGCCAAGGCAUGAAUGUAAGCAUGCAAGACGGCUUCAAUCUAGCCUGGAAACUAGCCUCUGUGCUCAACACCACAACAUCNCCCUCCAUCCUGCACACCUACUCGACCGAGCGUCAGAAAGUGGCUCAAGACCUGAUAAACUUUGACCGCGAGAUUGCGUCCAUGUUCAGCGCUCGCCCCAAGAAAACCAAUGAUGAUGAAGAUGGAAUAGACCCUGCCGAAUUUCAAAAAUUCUUCGAGAAACAGGGUUUGUUCAUGGCAGGCUUGGGAACAGCCUACGCUCCUUCCCUCGUCACUGCCAACCCAGUCCAUCAAGAAUUAGCAAAAGGCUUCCCCAUCGGUGAGCGUCUACACUCGGCACCAGUGAUCCGUCUCGCAGACGCAAAGCCCAUCCAACUAGGCCACAUCGUCAAAGCAGACGGCAGAUGGAGAGUCUUCAUCUUUGCUUCCGCCCAAGACCCUGCAGUGCCUGCUUCACCUUUCCAGCUCGCCUGCAAGACCAUCGCAGAGGUGGUGGACAAGUUCACACCUGAAGGUGCAGAUGUGGAUUCCGUCAUCGAUGUUCGCGGUAUCCUGCAGCAGGGACAUGCGUCGUUGAACAUCAACGACAUGCCUGCCAUCGUGUGGCCGCAGAAGGGAAAGUUUGGGCUCAGGGAUUAUGAAAAGGCGUUUUGCGCAGAGGCUGUGAUUGGACAUAAGGACAUCUUCACUGCUAGGGAGAUCAAUCGCGAGAAGGGCUGUGUUGUCGUCGUGAGACCCGAUCAAUACGUCGCCAAUAUUCUGCCUCUGGAUGACCGUAAUGGGCUGGAAAAGUUCUUUGGGGGUUUUAUGCGAGCAAAGAAGUGA